AGGAGCGAGCUCCCCCUUCUCCAGCUCAGCCCCACUGAUCAAGGUUUCACCGAACUGCACUCAGCUUCCAUCUGGGGUUCCUGUCCCCUGCCCCUUGUGCUGCACGUUGGAUCUGGUGACACUCAGGAAAUGCUUGUCUCCUGCUGUGGAUGAACAAUUUCAGAGUACUAUGGAUCAUGCUGAAGAAAAUGAAAUCCUCGCAGCAACCCAGAGGUACUCUGUGGACAGGCCUAUCUUCAGUCAUCCCGUCCUCCAGGAAAGACUGCACAAGAAGGACAAGGUUCCGGAUUCCAUUGGGGACAAGCUGAAGCAGGCGUUCAUAUGUACUCCUAAGAAAAUACGAAAUAUCAUCUAUAUGUUCCUGCCCAUCACCAAGUGGUUGCCAGCAUACAAAUUCAAGGAGUAUGUGCUGGGCGACUUGGUCUCAGGCAUAAGCACCGGGGUGCUGCAGCUUCCUCAGGGUUUGGCCUUCGCCAUGUUGGCAGCCGUGCCUCCCGUGUUUGGCCUGUACUCUUCGUUUUACCCUGUCAUCAUGUAUUGUUUCUUGGGAACCUCCAGACACAUAUCCAUCGGUCCGUUUGCUGUUAUUAGCCUGAUGAUUGGCGCUGUGGCUGUUCGAUUGGUUCCAGAUGAUAUAGUCAUUCCGGGAGGAGUAAAUGCAACGAACGGCACGGAAGCAAGAGACGCCUUGAGAGUGAAGGUGGCCAUGUCUGUGACCUUACUUUCAGGAAUCAUCCAGUUUUGCCUAGGUGUCUGUAGGUUUGGAUUUGUGGCCAUCUACCUCACGGAGCCCCUGGUCCGUGGGUUUACCACCGCGGCCGCCGUGCACGUCUUCACCUCCAUGUUGAAAUACUUGUUUGGAGUGAAAACAAAGCGGUACAGUGGCAUCUUUUCCGUGGUGUAUAGUACAGUUGCUGUGUUGCAGAAUGUUAAAAACCUCAACGUGUGUUCCCUAGGCGUCGGGCUGAUGGUUUUUGGUUUGCUGUUGGGUGGCAAGGAGUUUAAUGAGAGAUUUAAAGAGAAAUUGCCGGCCCCCAUUCCUUUAGAGUUCUUUGCGGUGGUGAUGGGAACGGGCAUUUCAGCUGGGUUUAACUUGCAAGAAUCGUACAAUGUGGAUGUCGUUGGGACGCUGCCUCUCGGCCUGCUCCCUCCAGCCAAUCCGGACACCAGCCUCUUCCACCUAGUGUACGUGGAUGCCAUCGCCAUAGCCAUCGUUGGAUUUUCAGUGACCAUCUCAAUGGCCAAGACCUUGGCAAAUAAACAUGGCUACCAGGUUGAUGGCAAUCAGGAGCUCAUUGCCCUGGGCCUGUGCAAUUCCAUUGGCUCCCUCUUCCAGACUUUUUCAAUUUCAUGCUCCUUGUCUCGAAGCCUUGUUCAGGAGGGAACUGGAGGGAAGACACAGCUUGCAGGUUGCUUGGCCUCGUUAAUGAUUCUGCUGGUCAUUUUAGCCACCGGAUUCCUGUUUGAAUCGUUACCCCAGGCUGUGCUGUCGGCCAUUGUGAUCGUCAACCUGAAGGGAAUGUUCAUGCAGUUCUCAGAUCUGCCCUUUUUCUGGAGAACCAGUAAAAUAGAGCUGACCAUCUGGCUUACCACUUUUGUCUCCUCCUUGUUCCUGGGAUUGGACUAUGGUUUGAUUACGGCCGUGAUCAUUGCGCUGCUGACCGUGAUUUACAGAACACAGAGUCCGAGCUACAAAGUCCUUGGACAACUUCCUGACACUGAUGUGUAUAUUGACAUAGACGCAUUCGAGGAGGUGAAAGAAAUUCCUGGAAUAAAAAUAUUCCAAAUAAAUGCCCCAAUUUAUUAUGCAAACAGCGAUUUGUAUAGCAGUGCAUUAAAAAGAAAGACUGGCGUGAACCCGGCCCACAUAAUGGGAGCUAGGAGAAAGGCCAUGAGGAAGUAUGCUAAGGAGGUCGGAAAUGCAAAUAUGGCCAACGCAACCGUGGUCAAAGUGGAUGCAGCAGUAGAUGGAGAAGAUGGCACCAAGCCUGAAGAAGAGGAGGAUGAAAUAAAAUUUCCCCCAGUAGUCACCAAGAGCACAUUUCCCGAAGAACUGCAAAGAUUUAUGCCCCCAGGAGAUAAUAUCCACACCAUCAUUCUAGAUUUUACACAAGUCAAUUUUAUUGAUUCUGUUGGUGUAAAAACUCUGGCAGGGAUUGUAAAGGAAUAUGGAGAUGUCGGUAUUUAUGUGUAUUUAGCAGGAUGCAGUGCCCAAGUUGUGAAUGACCUCACUCAAAAUCGAUUUUUUGAAAACCCUGCCUUGAAGAAGCUGCUGUUCCACAGCAUCCACGAUGCAGUUCUAGGCAGCCAAGUUCGAGAGGCGCUUGCUGAACAGGAAGCCUCGGCUCCCCCUCCCCAGGAGGACUCGGAGCCCAACGCCACUCCCGAGGCCUAGAGGGGCCCAGAGGGAGGGUGAGCCUCUCCUGCGAUGACUAAUUCACACGUUCUAAAUACUAGACAAUAGGUUUUUUCCUAAGGGUAAAUCCUAGUACUCAAGGCUUGCUUUGGAGGGUGAAUGACAUGUAGCAAGAUGUAUCUCACUUGUGUUUUUUUAAUUGAAUAUUUCAAAGAUAAA